UUAAAAUAUGGUUCAAGGGAGAUCUGGUCAUCAUUCUUGUUCAUUGUUGUACUUUUUGUAGCUUUCAACUUCAAAGACUUUCAUUAAUGGUCUCUUUUGCACUUGAUCUUUGAAACUAAUGUGAAAGUUCUUGCUGCUUCAGAGAUUGGAGUCACCUUCUUGGUAUUUUUCGGACUCAUCAUCCUCUUCAUUGAUUUUGGACUCAUCUGAGUCCUUGAUGGAUUUCAUCCCUACCGAUAUCUGAUUUCCGGAUCUAUCAAAUCUGACAGAAUUGCUAUUUUUCUUUCAGGCAACUACGUGGAUAUGUCUUGAAGUUAUUUCUCUUCUUGAUCUUGAAAGCAAACUUAUCAACUGAAUCCAAAGAGUAUUUAUGGAUCAUUCUUGGCUGACGCAAUACCUGGGUUUUUGAAAAAUUGUUAUCCUUCUUGAAGAAAUCAGCUCUCUUGCACCUAGUAGUACUUGAUCCGGCUGGGAUGAUAAGAUCAGUCUCUUUUGUUUUGUCAUUAUCCUCGGUUGCUCUGUCUUCAAACUCAGGAGUCUCUAUAUAUGUAGAAGUUAGAUAAUCUCUUGAGGCAAAUUCUUACCACUAUUGAGUGGGAUUUUGAGGCUAAAUGAUUUAUCUCCCUCACUUUGACCUGGCUUGUCCAU